ACAUGUUUCGUCAUCGGGCCCGUGCAACCCGCGUCGGCCCGACACAUCCCCGCGAAGAAUGUGAGAGAACGAAAAGUUUGUACGGCACAUGAGCGCCACGGCAAGGUCAACUCGGAGGGGUGGCUCUCGUCGUCUUUUGGUCGCCGAGCCGCGACCCGACCCGAACGCGCGACGGGUGUGGAGCGAUGUGCUGAGUUGCCCUGCCCUGUCGAGGUUUCUCCGCUCUUACGCGGCGCGAAUCAGCGCACCGGCGGUGGUGGGGGAUGCUUCGGUAGAUUCGCGCCUCCCGUGCACAAGAAUGAGAACGAAGGUGUUGACUGGUGGCAUCAACACCGUGAAGGUGGUGGUGCGAUGGGAGGCGGUGCAUACGGACCACGUCUUGCGACUCGAACAAGAGGUGGAAAAGUUUGUCCGAUCGAAAAAACAGCAGCUAGAGUUCCCAGUUAUGACAUCGUCGUACUUGCGCUUAGCUGCGCAUAGAGUGGCGCAACACUAUCUUCUCCAGACGUCGGCUGUAGAAACGCUGGAAGGGAGUAAGAUCGUAGCGAGGAGGACGGCGGAGACGCACGUCCCAGCGGUUAGACUGGCGGACAUACCUGACACGUCACAGGCAGAAGGUAACCAAAAGGUUGCGGUCCCAGGAAUGUCGAAAGUGGCAAUCAUACAGAGGCCGGACCGUGGAGGGCAAGGCAACUCGAUGAUGGGCAUGAACUUUCAAUCCUCUGCGCAGCCGAAUCGGGUUAGGAGUGUGGAGGAGAGAAGGGAGGAGUACAAUAGAGCACGUGCUCGGAUUUUCAGCAAUGGAUCUCUGCCGAAAUCAGGGGAAGGGGGGGAAUUGAGCGCUAUUGAAAAUACCACCGCAUCGAAUGCGGGUAGCAAUGCUGCUUCAGUCGGGGGGGGUAACGAAAAUGAUGCUGGAGGUAGCCCUGUGAGCAGCGCACUGAUGCCUUCUGUCCAUGGGAGUCCACUUAAAACCCCUGCAGCAGAAGGGAAUGCUACUGCUAAUGGUGGCUUGGCUACGAAUUCGAAGAAAGGAGGUGCAGGAUCAGGAGAGGCUAGUUGUGGAGGCAGUAGAGGGAAGCCAAAUCGCGUGGCCAUCUUUCGGGAUCGAGAGCAGGACAGGAAAGAUCCGGACUACGAUAGGCGUCUGGAUAGGUAUGCGCAACGGUUUGACCCUGGAUUUGGAAUGCCAGUCACUUCAUAUCCUGUGCAACCUAUCUAUGCUCCCGUGAUCAACUACAAUACGGAGUUCCCCCAGUUGGCGCCGACGGUGGUGAGACCGGCGCCGCCACACCGGCCGCCACCUCCUUCACCGGUGCAUGUGGAAACUUCGCCUCAUUUGCCGCAUCAACAUUUACGUGCGCCAUGGGGCGACGCUCUUGGUUCAAUGACCUCUCCGUUUCGGGGUCCACCAGCUGGGCAGGUGAUGGGUAUGUAUGGACCUGGCCCUGGGGCGAUAGCCCCACCCCAUGCUUCAAUUGCAAUGUACAUGCAGCCGCCGCCGCCGCCACCUCCUCCACCUCCACCUCCUUCGUCGGCUGGGAGCUCAAUGCAGUUUCACGGUUCUCCUAUGCCACCUCCUGGCAUGUUUCUCCACGAUAGCAGAUUCCAGGCUCCUGUCACUCAGCAUGAAGCCCCCUUUCUGCAACCGCGGAGGCGGUGAGCCACAGCCCGGGGUCUUUACCUGCCGGCAGUACCUGUGCUUGCAAGAUGGAACACAACGUUUUGACGGGGUGGGCUUCAUGAUAUCAUCAUUCAAAGAUACAGUUGUUUCCAUCUUGGAGGUGCUGGGCUUUGACGACUUGUGUGAAAGGUACCCGGCAGGUAGAGGAGCGUCUUGUCCGGAGGCGAAACUGCAGAAUAUUGCUAGAGGAAUAUUGAAGCUGCAACUCUGGCUGCAAUGCCAGUUGUACCAUGGUGAAUAUGCGGUGGGUCAAUGGCGGAACGAGCAGCGUUUUUCUUCUUUUUCUUCCGGGGUACGACUGUAGUCCCUGCCAGAAUGUUGCGUGCUCCACAAAUUGCAAAUUGCGUUAGCCAUAGUCGUACAUGUUUCAGUUUCCUUAUUGCUCGUUGUAUCGAUUUCUAUUGGUGUAAUAGAUUGCUAGUGUUUCCCUUCGCGCCACAGCUUGUAAGGAAACUUCCUACCUCAUUUUAAGAAAGCAGAACCGCCAAUCGAUUCUGCUUGGCAUGAGCAAGGCCCUGAAGGCUUGCUAGAAGUCGCAGGGAGUGUAGGCUUUACAGCAACGAACGGAUUCAAAAGCAAAUGGUUGCAGCGGAGCAUCGGAAGGCUUGUGGGGAUUCUCCUGGUUUCACAGGCACGUUGCUGUAGUUGUGGCCAGUUGCGGAUUUGUUAGACCCUCUGCUUAUAGGGAUUUUAGAACUGGGCAGGGUAGCUGCGUCCAUCUCUUAAGCUGUUUUACCAGCACGCUUGCUGCCGUCAUGUAGGGGCAAACACCAUUGACCUACUGAUGAGUACGACUGAAGACGCAGAAGAUGGGGAUCGUUUCCCUGAUUUGUGUACGACAAGAAGCAUUUGAAGGCAAUUUUUCUGCUACGAGAUUCCUUUGGUAUAUUCUGCUGCUUUCGACCUUUCCUCGUGGGGGAGAUCAGAUGAGAUUGAUCUUGGAUUCACAGAAGACGCAGUGCGGGUGAAGACUGGAAAGUCGGCAGGCAAACGGGAGCGAAUUCAGAUGAUGACACAGUCAAGCUGACUUGCUUGUCUUAUUUGGAGUUUGGGGAGCGGAGCUGGUCAAGGAGAGUAGAGGAUUUGCAUCAUCUGUUGCGGGACCUCAAAGACGGAGAAGGGAAACAUUGUCUUCGUCUUUUAUCUUCUCGAAAAGUGCUCAGAUGCAAAAGAUCGUUCUGAUCGUGGUGCCGCAUGAAGCUCUGUCUGGGGCUAAUGUCAUGUUUUGGGAGCAUCCUUUGGGGGCUGAGAUCCACAACGGGCAGUUCGUCGUUUCGACAGAGUCGGAAGGUAUUCUGGCAACCUCAGUGUGAUGGACUUCGGAAGGGGAUCGCCAGGACAGAGUGUUCUCCUUGUGAGUUUGAUCACUAAAAGGAAUGCGGCAAGGACUGCAGUGAGCGUUGUGCAUCCGGAUGAGAUUAUUUCCACUAUGGGCAGCUGCCUGGAAUUGCGGAGGUGUGAGCCAGGUGGUUGACACACGGACCGCCUGAUCUAUGCUGUAUGGGAUAUGUUCUCUUUGGAGAAGAUGGCUCUGAUUGCAUGGAAGUACUUGAAUUGACUGCAGUUGUUCAGGUCUCAGCAAUCAGAGCAGUGGCGUGGAUCUAGUCACAUUGGGGAUUGAGAAUUCCUGGAAGAUGGCUGCGUCAGUGGGGAAAAUAUACCAUGAGGCAAUUGGUGGUGUUCUUGUCUUGUUGCACCCCCUUGCUCCUGUGUGUGUGUGCGUGUGUGUGUGUGUGUGUGUGUGUGUGUUUGCGAAUGUGCUUGCCUCUAGUUGUCCGCAGCGAGAUGGACACAUGUGCCCACGCAUGUGUGUGUGUGUGUGUGUGUGUGUGUGAGAGAGAGAGAGAGAGAGAGAGAGAGAGAGAGAGAGAGUUUUCGUUUAUGCUUGUACAUGCACAUAUGUUCUUUCUGUGUACCUAUGGCUGAUCUGUCAGCGGUGAAAUUUGGUAGUAAGCAAGGACAUGGAAAAUCGUUCUGGAGUUUUGUGAGGUAGUCAGGGGAAGUGUUUGUGCAUGCGGGUGUUGUACGGACAAAGUUUUGUUUCAGCAAUGGUUGGAGGCUUUAAUCAGAAGAGAAGCCUGGCUCUCUUAACUGAUGUCUUGGUGUGGAGAGUCCAUGUCUUGUAAGCACUGUAUCUAAUGUGUGUUCUUUUCUUCAGGCGUGUGUUUGUUGGGGCAUUGAGUCAAUUGUCUCAGUGGUCACUGGCCUGCUGUUUCGAUGGACAGCGUGCUGGAAGCAGU